GCCUCGUACAGUUCCGGGAUUGUGCAUUUGUUGACAUUAAUGCGCCAAAUUUGAAAUUGGCCAAUCAGCGCAUUGUAUCGGAUACCAGCCUUUCACCGUCCUCUGACCCGGUGGAUAUUUCGGAUUCGGACUUCACACCGUUCAGGUCCACGUUCUUCACCAGGAUUUUACCCUGCUGUCAUUCGCCGCCACCUUGGGCGCUGAUCCUAACAUCUGUGGACUGGAGCGGACUCCAGAAACGUACAGAUCUGCCAUCGAACAGCUGGAGACAGAGGAUGCUCCACAAGUACAAGGGUUGAAGUUCAAAGAGGCAUCAGAUGUUCCAGGCCUUUCUCUCUGCUGGAUAUGGCUGAAUCACAGACAGUAAGCGAUGCCAUAGCAGCAGUGCUGCCAGAUCUUCCUGACCACGUUCUCAAGUCAGUGGAAGAUACCUUAAAGGCACUUGGUGCAGUGACGGCAGAUGAUUUACAGUACAUUACAGAGGUAGACUUACUGCCAGUGUUGAAGCCCGUACAAGCCAGAAGACUUGUUGCUGCAUGGGCCCAAAACAAGUCAUCCACUCCAACUCCAGCCCCGGCAUGUUCCUCUCAAGGGUCUCUCCUUUCGUCUUCCUCUGGUUCCCCGGUCACUCCCUCACGAGCAUCAUCCACAGCUACAUCAUCCUCAGAAAGCUGUUCUCCGCGUGCACCAAAUUGGUUAGACACUUUUCAGAUACCAUGGCAGAAGCUCUCUGAAGAGUUAGUACAGAAUUUGGAAAGACAGAAGAGGCCAAGUCCGCGACUACGAAGAGAAAUGAUAAGGAUUGUGGUCUCUGAAAUGAUGAAGAUUUGUAAGAAUCCCACCAAACAGAACACCACAGAGAUAGCAAAAAGGAUGGUAGCCAGAUAUCCAAGAUCUCUUCAAGAUGUGAUUGAUGGUGAUAUUAUUGGACUUGGAUAUCAUUCCCUGGCAAAGCAACUCCAGUCAAGAGUGGAAAAUGUCAAACGACCUGACACACCAAAGAUAAAGAGACGCAAUAGAGCCUCAGAUGAUGACACCGAUGAAAUUUCUGUCAAACAAAGAGCACAUGUUCAAGACACAUAUGGCUGUGUCAACUGGAUGCCGAAACAUCUGCCACUCCCUGAGACUGUGACGAGUCAGUCAGAAAAAAAAGAAAAAAUGAAGACAUUUGAAGAGAUUAACUUCAAUUCAGAUGCAGUGAAAGAAUUAAUCAAGUCCACCUAUUUCACACAGCGUAAAGAUAUCAAUAAUGGGGAAAGCAUCAAGAACUUAAGCCAUGAAUGGCCAUUUUUGUUCAAGGAAGUCGGCAUGGCAGCACAUUUCCAGGAACUGACUGGCGUGUGUUUGAUUGAGUCCUUCCUUGCCAAUGUGGAGAAAAAGGGGGCACGUCUCUUAAACUUCUUCAAAUGUGUUGAUGCACAUAAACACAAACAAGUCCUGGAUGCUCUUCUCAAAGUUCAAACUGAAAUAGGUCAGUCCACUGGUUGCUCAGGAGAAGUCAUACAGAUGGUGCUUCUUUUACUGGCUCAUUUUGAUGAGAAGGAGGAGCACAUGUUCCAUUUUGUUGAGAAGACGAGCCUUGCUGAAGAGGUUCAGAUGGACGGGGUUCCCCCAACACCGUGCCUUAUUGUCUGCGGGUCUUCCUGCUUUGCCGCUGAGACAUUUAUGUUGAGCAUCGACAAUGAGAUUGUCAACGACUGCAUCACUUCCUUCACAUCUGCCAUCUGCCUGAUGUUUGGCAGUUACUAUUGCUUCAACAUACACUACCCAGUGGAACUAAGGUCUACACUGGAGUUCCUCCAACGGUGUUUCUUCUCAAUCAACCCUGAGAAAGGCACCAAAGUCGAGUGGAAGAAGAAGAAAAAAGUAUUCUCAGUCAAUCCAAGAGUCUUCACUCUGAUCUCAGACCUCGCUGACCACGAGUGGACCUUCCAGUGAUGUUGAGGGAUGAUGUGAUAAAAGGUACACUGAAUGUAUACACUGCAGAUAUUGUAUUGUAUUGUGUAAAAUUCUGAAAGUUUUACAAGUUUGUUCAUGUUCAGCUUUACUGCACUACUUUUGUACUUUAAACACGUUGAAGUAAACUUGCUAGUUCUAGAUAUGGAUGCAGUAACAGAGGAAGUAUUAAGAUUUAUUAUGCAAGUUUUGAGACUUUCGCUUACCCUUCAUACCCUUCAGGUAUGAUUUUGAACGUGAAAAUGAAACACUGUGUACACUGAUAGAUUUGUACAAAAAUGUUUAAUUUGUCCAAAUAAAGACUUUCUUUAUUUGAAA